CUUCGACAAGCGCGGGGAGAGGGGAAACCUCCGCGCGCGAGAGAAGCGGUGCACAAAGUCUCGGCUGGGCCGCGCGGUGCUUGAGACGGGCCCGGGCUCUGGCUCUCGCUCCCCUCCCACGCCUCGGUUCCAUGGCGCGUCCUCCAAAUUGGCGGGGAGAUGGGGGGGGCGAGAAAGGCAAGGAGGAAAUGGUGUAGCUAGUAUGCGGGAGUGAUCGCCCGCCGCGCGCUGGUCGGUGGCUGCAGCUUGUGAGCACUUCUCCGUGAUCUCUUUUAUUUUAAACUUCUCACAAAGAAAUCUUGAAGAUACUGACUCAGGAGGAUUUUACUACCUGUCCGGAUGUCACCAGCAUUUCCUAUGUUAACAGUUCUGAGUAUGUUUUACUAUAUUUGCCUUCGGCGCCGAGCCAGGACAGCUACAAGGGGAGAAUUGAUGAACAAUCGGAGAGCCAUUGAGUCAAAUAGAUCCCUACCUAUCAAUGUUGAAUUGGUCCAGUAUGCCAAAGAAGUGUUGGACUUCAGCUCCCAUUAUGGCAGUGAAAACAGCAUGUCGUACACCAUGUGGAAUUUGGCUGGAACUCCUAAUGUCUAUCCUAGCUCAGGUGACUUUACACAAACCGCUGUGUUUAGGACCUAUGGAAAAUGGUGGGAUAUGUGCCCUAGCGCACGAAUACCAUUUACGAGGAUCCCACCCAGUUUCCAAAGUCAGGAAUAUGUAGAACUUGCGUUUGAGGAACAAGUGUAUCCGACAGCCAUACAUAUUUUGGAAACGUAUCAUCCUGGUGCUGUGGUUAGGAUUUUGGCGUGUUCUGCAAGUCCUUAUUCACAAAAUCAGCCCAGUGAAGUAAGGUGGGAAAUCCUUUGGUCAGAGCUACCUUCCAAGGUGAUUUUGUCUCAGGCACGUCAAUUUACACCUAGUAUCAAACAAAUAAAUUUUCCUACAAAUUUAAUCCGUUUGGAAAUAAACAGUUCCCUUCUGGAUUAUUAUACCGAGUUGGAUGCUGUAGUACUACAUGGUUUAAGAGAAAGACCUUUGCAUUUACUCAGUACUCCAAUUAUUGAUAUGAAUGAUCUAGAUGACGAUGAAGAAGGGGAGAGAGAAAGUUACAGCAGCGUGGACAGUCUCAACAAGCAGUUUAGCACUGCUGCCUUCAAAGACUGGACAACUAAUGGAUACUUUGAUAAAUUGCCUUAUGAGCUCAUCCAGUUGAUUUUGAGUCACCUUACAGUUCCGGAUCUAUGUAGACUCUCACAGACAUGUAAGCUACUAUAUCAACAUUGUUGUGAUCCACUACAAUAUAUUCAUCUCAGUUUGCAACCAUAUUGGGCAAGGAUUAAUGACACAGCUUUAGAAUAUCUGCAGUCUCGUUGUAUCCUGGUCCAGUGGCUUAAUUUAUCUUGGACUGGGAACAGAGGAACCAUUUCAUUUUCUGCCUUUAGCAGGUUCCUGAAAGUUUGUGGUUCAGAACUAGUACGCCUGGAAUUGUCUUGUGGCCAUUUCCUCAAUGAGGCUUGUUUGGAAGUUAUUGCUGACACAUGUUUAAAUUUGCAGGAAUUAAAUCUCUCCUCCUGUGAUAAAAUUCCACCUCAGGCUUUCAACCACAUUGCCAAAUUGUGCAACCUUACACGUUUAAUUCUUUAUCGAACAAAAAUAGAGCAAACGGCACUGCUCAGCAUUCUGAACUUCUGUUCAGAACUUCAGCACCUCAGCCUGGGAAGCUGUGUAAGGAUUGAGGACUAUGACACAAUAGCUAGUAUGAUGGGAGCCAAAUGUAAAAAACUUCGAACAUUGGAUUUAUGGCGAUGUAAAAACAUUUCUGAAAAUGGAUUAGCAGAGCUGGCUGCUGGCUGUUCACUGUUGGAGGAGCUUGAUCUUGGCUGGUGCCCGACUCUUCAGAGCAGUACGGGAUGUUUUGCAAAACUUGCCCGAAAACUACCAAAUUUGCAAAAGCUUUUUCUGACAGCUAACCGAUCUGUGUGUGAUUCGGACAUUGAAGAACUUGCUGCAAAUUGUACAAAUCUUCGGCAGCUUGAUAUUUUAGGGACAAGAAUGGUAAGCCCGGCUUCUUUAAGGAAAUUGCUGGAGUCUUGUAAAGAAUUGUCCUUACUUGAUGUGUCCUUCUGUUCACAAAUUGAUCACCGAAUUGUCCUAGAACUGAAUGCCAGCUUCCCUAAUGUGCUCAUCAAGAAGAGCUUCACUCAGUGACUCAAUUCAUAUGUUGCCAUAUAGAACUGAUCUGAUGAUUCUGCUUCCUGGGAAUUUGUAAUGAUUUUUUUUCAAAGAGAAAAUAUAUAUAUUUUUGUGAGGCAUGGGGGGAAAGGUUAAUUCUUAAUAUGAAAGUAAAAUAUGAAAGAUUUAAAUAAUGGCCAACUAUUUAUUCCUGAUACAAUACUUGUCAAAUGAUUAUUGUUGAAAGCAUCUUGUAAAUGUUAGAAGAUAUACACUUAAAUGUUCAUUAAGCAUUUAAUCUUACUAGGAUAUUACUGUUAAAAUAAUACAUUUGAGAAGUGGAAAAUGAAGUCAUUUUAAGUUCUGAUGUUCACUUUUAAGAUAUAAAUAUUGGAAGAACUUAGAACCUUAAUGUCUUGAAGUAUGAAACCUAUUUUAUUCAAAUAGUUUCAUCAAUCGAUUUAGACUGAGAGCCUUGACAUUUCUAAUAAAUGCAAUAUAAUGAGUUUGUAGAGAUUCUCAGUCAUCCAGGUCAUAGUUGUCCCAAAGGUGCUUUUUCAGGAGGUCACUGAGAUCAUUUUCUUGUUUUUUCUUUUGAAGAUGUUUCAUUUCUCAUCCAAGAAGCUUCUUCAGCUCUGACAGGAUAGUGGGGAAUGGAAGGAUUAAUAUUCUUUGCAGACAGCUGUUCAUUUGCAUCUCUUAGAGCAGUGAUGGCUAACCUUUUUCUUUUUGGGUGCCAAAAGCGUGCGUGUAUAUGCGUGACAGUGCGCAUGAGUGCCGGCACCCAUAAUGCAAUGCACACAUCUCAGGCAUGUGAGAGACCUCCCCACUCCUCCCGCGCAUGCGCAUGCGACUCCCUUCCCCCCACGCAUGCACGUGAGAGGUGGGAUUCAAAAAUUUUAGCAACCUGCAUCAUGGGCCCAUUUCCGGACUUCCGUAACUUCCGGGAGGCCCAUUUUUCACCCUCCCCUGGCUUCGGAGGCUUAAUUCGAGCCUCUGGGAGGGCAAAAACAACCUCCCUGAGCUCCGGAGGCCCUUUCAGAGGCCGGAAACUGGCCCAUUUCUGCUCUCCCGGAACAUGCAUGCCACUCCCCCUGCCGCUUCCCCUGCCCCCCACACAUGCACCCCCCUGCAUAUCCCGAAAAUCAGCUGGCAGGCAGGAGGCGCGUGCACAUGCACAGUGGACAUGAGCUGGCUGAUGGCUUGCGUGCCCACAGAGAGGGCUCUGCGUGCCAGCUGUGGCACUCGUGCCAUAGGUUCGCCAUCACGGUCUUAGAGGGUCAUUGAAGCACUUGGAGGUUUAUCUGUGUCUCUGGGUCACUUGAGUAGUGCUCCUGGUUCCUGUAGUCUGCAAUUUUUCCUCUGGAAAUCCAUUCCUACUCACACACCAUUCAAAGGGUGUUCAUCCCAAAUCGUAUGGCUAAAAUAACCUGGAUGACUGAGAAUCUCUGUAGACUUUUGCCCCCUGAAAAAAAGCACCUUUGGGAUAAUAUAAUGAGUUGUUUACCUUAGAAUUUAUUUACCAUUUAAUGUUUUAUUUAUAUAUUUAUUUUUAAGGGGCUAUUUUACUAGCCUGAAGGAACAGCCCACUAAAGUUCCCUGACAGUCUCUGAUGGAGCUGAGAAUUUCUCCACCAAUUUUAUUUGGGGAGUUCCGAUCCUUUCUUUUCUGCUGUCAUAUUAUCAGUCAUGAAAAAAGGGGGGAGAUGAGCAUGCUACCUUUUGGAGUGUUUUCCAUUUGCCUCGCUUUGCUCACUUGUUAGAAUUCCAAAACAAGUUGUAGCAUUAAGGGAUCUCAUUAUUUUGGGACCUUAGCAAAUAUGUUUAGAAUUGAGAAUUUAGAACUGCAUCCAUGUGAUAAGAAUUACCAACUUUAAUCAAACGAAUCAUUAUGGGAGUGGAAAUGAUUAUCCAGUUGAUUAGGGGGGUCUGAAAACAAAUUCAAAUCAUUAACUUUACUAAUACAGCAAUUUGCUUAGAGCUACUUUCUACACAUACAGUUUAAUAUCCGAAUUAUAAAAGACUUCACAUCUUUUUAAAAAUUUUCUGUCGGUCAAAUACUAACAGUAUUCAUAUAAUGAUAAUUAUUUGAGCUUUGUCUAAAAUAACAGAUAUUUGAAUUAUAUGUAAUUGUGUCCAUUUUCUGAACAACUUACUGUCAGGUUUCCAAGUGAUGAAACCCAUUCAAAAAGAAAUAGAGAGCUAAAUAAAAUCGCUACACAUAUGUCAAGUUCGGGCUCGACAGUUACAUUUCUAGCAGGCUGGGCUAGAAUUUCCUUGCUCUCCAAAUUUCUCCAUAUGUUUGGAAGAUUCGCAUGGACUAUUUGUGGAUUUCGGGAGAAAAGAGGGGAAGCCAACUUGAUCCAUGUUAUUCAUUUGUGUAACACUAGAUGUUGUGUUUUAACUUUUUAUCAGUAGUGCUAAUACUGAACUUUAUACUUCACUACUGAGGCAUAAAUGAGCUCUCUUAUAAUGCAUUCAAUAUUUUUAUUUUAAAAACAUGCAGGAAAUUGUAAUUUCUGUUUGUUCUAAUACAGAUUAUUAAAUCAGCUUUUGUAGAAGCAUUUCAGUCAUCUUUGGAUCCACUAUAGUUCAAAAACAUUAUUCUUGUAGUUUUCAUUUCCCCCCAGCUCAAUGAGGUCAGGCAGAAACAUUUGAAAAAUAGAAUCUGGCUUUUUGGCAGCAAUGGUUGUUUCUGAUCAGACCUAGAAAAUUAAGCAUUUGCUAGGUGUUGCCAACCUUCCUCACUGCUGUCACCUCUUUUCUCUCCUAUCUCAAGUUAAGUUUUGGCCAGUGAUGAUAGAAAAACUUGAGUGAGAAAGCUGCUAUUUUUCUAACUAAUCAUGAAACAAGCCAAGUAAAAUCACUAUUACAUUGUCAAUCUUAUUUUUGAAAUAUUUGUUUUCAUAUGAACUAUCAUGAUACUAUUGAUUUUAAAUUUUGUGUCAGAAUUUCUAGAUAGCUGUACCCUUUCAUUUCUCUGGUGCUUAAACCAGCAUACCUAUUUUUUUUUUGCAUUGUAUCUGCUCUCUACUGAUGCUAUUUCAUAGCCAAUAGUAAAAAAGGAAUAAAGAGUUCUCUUCUAAAUUCUUAAGAAAGAUGUUUCUGUGCUGAAUAUAGUAUUCUGUACUAUAAAUAUACUAAAUUUUAAAUUGAAUAAGGAGGAUUUCCUGAAUAAAAGGGAAUCCAAAGUAUUACUUUACUUGCCCCUUUUCAGGUUUUGUGAAUUUUUUUACAUCUUUAAAAUGAAUUUUACCAAGCAUAAGGUGGAGUCUGCAAACAGAAAAGGAAUCCAAGUGAAUAAUAGUAAUAAGGUUUAGUGCUUGUUUCAAUUAUUGGAUUAGUAAUCCAAUCUUUUCCACUUUAGAUUGAGUAACUACAUGUACCAUCUUUAGUUGCAACAAUUAAACUCUUGCUGUCAUUGGCAAGUUACUCUUGUAUUUUGUUUAUUUAUCAAAUUUAUAUACCACCCAUCUCACUGUCAAGUGACUCUUUGUAAGAAUUUUGAUCCAUUCUUUUAUGACAACUUACUUCAGGAUUUGAUGGUCUUCUAACAUAAAUUUCUAAAUUUGGGUCCUGUCACAUUGUUAUGUGGGGUUUAAGCCUGGAUUUUGAGCUGAGCAUUCAAAAAAAUUGAAUUUAUUCUUGAUGCUCUUGUAGACUAUCUCUUGUAGGCUAGCGUCUUAGUUUGAAGUAAUUAUAAUGCUAUAUAAUUCACUUUUGCUUCAGCUGAUGGUUAGAGGAUCUGAUAUACUAUUGUAGAAUUCUCUGCUACAAAGCAGAAUUUAUACUUUCUUCAGUGAUGGCAAGAUAUCUAGUUCCCCAACAAUGACACUAUCAUCUCCAUGCUUAAUGGCAUGUUGGUAUCUCAUUGUUUACACAUAAUAAUACCCAUAUAACCCCAAAGGUUAUAUUUUAUUAUAUAUUCUAUAUAAUAGGUCUAUUUUAAACUAAUAUUUCCUUGGAACAUUCUUCUAGACGUCUGGAAUUUACUUAGGUGCUUUUUAGCAAAUUUGAAAUAAUCUGUUUAAUAAAUUUGAGAGUACUUCCUUGUUAAUCAGCCAUGGCUCUUUUGCUAUUCUCAUUUGAAUCUCAUUUUUUUAUCCAAUAUUUUUCUGAUGCUGAAUUAUUAGCUUUGGUCAAAGUGAUAGGGACUGCAUAUCUUUGAAUAUUUUUCUAUGGUUCUUUGUAACAUUUUGCAUUGUUUUACAUUCUGCUAUUGGAAUGAUUUUGACAGGAUGGCUAUUCUUAGAAAAUGGUAAUACUUCAUCCCUACUUCUAAUUGGGUCUGGCUUGAUGUAGCCUGAGAAAUUUAGGAAUAGUUUUAUAGCCUUUUGCAGGCUGAUAGAAAUAAUUUCUUUACAGUGGUUUUCAUUUUUUUUUUUUAAUGUGGGCAUAAUGUGCAUUGAGGAUCUUUGUGGUAAAAACUCUAUUAUAAAGAGGGUAAAACCAGGGUUCAUGGCAAACUCUGAUUAUUUAAAAUACUUGCAACUGGCCUUAGUUAUUGAUCCCUUGAAUUAAAUCAAGUGAAGCAAUUUAGUCGUUUUCCCACUAUUGCUUUUUCCAUCCUAAAUUGGAUGCUUUGUUUUAAUCAAAUAAAGAAGUGUUUAAAUUUCCUAAUUUUUGUUCACUCAGCUCCCUUACUGUAUUAGAAGAACACAAAUAAAACUCUGAAAGCAUUUAGGGGUAAAGAUUUCUUAAAAAUGCAAAACGGGGAAAAUAUUUUAUACAGAACUGUAAAUUGUCACUUGAUCCUGAUUGUUUUUCUUGAAAAACCUCAGAAAACAUUCAGAAAACAAAACAUCUGUUUUACUUGAGUGUAUGUUUUCAGUUUUUUUUUCUCAUUCUGCAGAAGAUUCAAGAUCUGAAAAGAUGUGUUGAUCUUCAUUCUAUUUUGAGAGAUGCUGCCACACAGUAUCAUUCCAGUUUCAUUUAGUUAUUUUUUCUGUGAAUUGAAUAGGGGUUAGUGAAAUGGGAUUUUUUCCCUUGGAGGAUUAGGUAUAAGGGUACAUUACUGUGUUUAUUUGAGUUUGGACAAGUAUUACUGACCACUAAAACAUAUAAAGAGAUUGUUGGAACAUAUUUUCCAUGAUGGCAAUGAUUCUCACACUGUCCUGUUCAAUUUAAAAUUCUUCCAUAUAUCUGCUUAUUAGCCUAUGUGCUCCCAUAGAUAAAAUAAAGUGUGUAUGUGUUGAACUAUUGUUAAAAUGUUUAAAUCUUUCUAUUUUGCUGACAAAACUAAAUGUGCUAUUUUUGUUUUGCAUUUUGAAACAUAUUUUGAAAUAUGAAUUCAGGACAAUUACGUAUUAUAUUUAUACAUAUCUAUUAACAAGGAGAUUGCUUAUUUGGGUUAUGCAUAUUUACAAAUAUUAAUAUUUUAAAAUGAAGUAUUCUAUGUAGCUCAUGAUGAGCAUGUUUUAUUUUUAAACAAGCACAUGGAUAUAUGUAACUGUAAAAUAAUAUUAAGACUAUACUGAUUAAAAGUUGUGCCUUCCAUUUUUAUAA